AUGAUCGGGAAGCUGUCGGAAUUGCUAGUUUCUGGCCACCGUGCCGGGUUUUUCUUCGACAUGGGCACGACAAGCCCAAGAAGUCCAUUGGACCUCAAGAUGCAAUCUUCUAGCCCCAGAGGGUUGAAGAAUUAUGAUCUUGGUGGUGUUGGGUUGGGCAUAGUUGCUGCCUUGGAAAAGUCGAGCCAUAAUGGACGUGAGAUUUUGCCCAAGUAUGCGGUUUGUGGUCAAAACCUGAACCAAUCAGAGCCAAUUCCUGUAAGCUCUGCUCAAAACUGUGAUGGGUUUUCAACCAGGGGUCUCCAGGAGUUUGAGGAAGAUAGCUUGGAGAAUUAUACUUAUGUGACUCAGCGUGGAAAAAACAAGUCUUUCACUAGGGUUUACUAUGAUGGAGGUGACUGCAAUACCAGUUCCAUGCACCACCAUGUAGAGGAUGAUUUGCAGACAUGUAAUGAUAACAAUCUUGCUUCAGUUUUUCCCACCUCGGAUUUUCUCAGUUCAUGCCACUUGUGCAAGAAAAACCUCCAUGGCAAAGACAUAUACAUGUACAGAGGAGAGAGUGCGUUUUGCAGCACAGAAUGCAGAGCAACGCAGAUGAUGAUGGAUGAGAGCAAAGAACGGUGCAGAUCAGAAGCUUUAAGAUCUGUGGAAGUUUCAGGGUCAUCUUGUUCAAGAGAUCAGAUCUUCUCAACUGGGAUUCUUGUUAUUUAG